AUGGGGUUAUGGAAGAGACAUCCGAAGCGCGAGCUCGAACCAUGGGAUGGCCUGGUUGACGGCAUGUUGAACCAGGCCCUUGAGGCUGGGCAUGAAGCCAUUGGCAUCUGGCGGUGCAACAAGCUACGGCCGUCCCGUCGUCCAUAUUUGAUGGCGUUGUUGAGGAAAGUCCGCAGACCAAGGGGUGGGCAAAGUGCGAAUUGGGUGUAA